AUGGCGCAGACCGGUUCGAAUCCACGUGUGGCUGUGCUGUACCAAGAGCUCGAGCCUCCCUUGAUCAAUGGUGUAUGCAAGCCCAAAAAACCUGGAGGUACGUCGCAGGCCAGUUACAAAGACUCUAGCGCAGAUAUAGCAUAUGUGCUGAGGCAUCAAUGCAACCUCGAUGUGAUAACACCAACCUCCCUGCCAGUCCCUCAGAAAGACAGCGACUGGUGUUUUGGCGAUACAGAACAAGGAAUUCUUGCAGCAAUUUCCAAGAACGCGACGCACCUCUGGGCGAACACUAUCUUGUUUGCCAAUCAUCCUCUCCAGACAUCAGCCAGCGUGGCAGCUGCUUCGAAAACACUUAAUGUUGUUGGACAGCCGCCUAAGUUGGUUGAACUUUUCGAUGACAAAUCCUUUGUCAACAAUUUACUUCGAGCUCGUACUGGCUUUACACUGCCGCAAGCCCGAGACAUUCAUGAUGAGAAGUCUCUGAAAGGCGUCCUUCGCACAGAAUUACGGUAUCCAAUAGUCGCCAAGCCUGUACGCGGCCGAGGUAGCUACGGGGUCAAGGUGUGUCGUACACCAGAGGAACUAAAUCACCACUGUCGCGAGUUGUUGAAUCAGCAAGCGUCCGUUAUCGUCGAAGACUAUCUUGCAGGCCAGGAGGCUACUAUUACCGUUAUGCCUCCAUCGCCUUCGACGGGACACAAUGACUACUGGGCGAUGCCGGUUGUUGAGCGGUUCAAUCACACAGAGGGUAUAGCGCCGUACAAUGGAAUUGUUGCUGUUCUGCAAAACUCUCGAUGCCUUUCUAGCAGCGAACACAAAACCGAUCCACAUUACGGUGAGAUCCAGCGUCAAUGCGUAAUGGUGGCGAAGUUAUUGCAGUGUACUGCUCCGAUAAGAGUCGAUGCUCGUCGGUUUGAAGAGGGGAAGCCGUCACCGUUCGCUUUGUUCGACGUCAACAUGAAGCCGAAUAUGACUGGUCCAGGUAGACCUGGAAGAGAGAACCAAGCCAGUCUGACAGCGUUAGCCGCGGCGGGUAUGGGGUGGAAUUACCCGACACUUCUGAUGAAGAUACUAGAAUCUAGCAGUUCGUUGCAUGACUUGAGAAACGUCAAGUUACCAGACGCCAUUCGUGGCUAG